AUGCCGCAGAUUAUAGAUGACCAAGCUGGAGGUCGAGCUGGGUCUCGACCUCCUGUCAAAAUCACAGUGACUGAUGUCUUCCUCCUCUGCUAUGCUGUGAACAGCCGUCCUUCCUAUGACAAUGUUAUGCUCAAAUGGCAACCUGAGCUCCGACAUCACUGCCCCAGAACCCCAAUAGUUCUUGUUGGAACAAAAUUGGAUCUCAGGCCAAGCAAUGAAGAACAUAGUACUAUGCUGAGUUGGAAAGAUGGAAAGAAGCUGAAGACCCGAAUUGGAGCAAUAAAGUAUGUGGAAUGCUCUGCCAAGAUUCCAGGGGAUAGUGUGAAUGCUGUCUUCGAAGAGGCCAUCAGAGCCGUGCUCAAGGCCCCCAAGUCCCGUCCCAAGCCUGACGUGCGCACCUGUGCCAUCUUGUGAUACGUCUUAUAUGUACAGUUCAGUGCCUUUGUUUUUUAUUCAUUUGACCCUUAUAUAUUGAUCUAUUUAUGAGUAUACAACCAAGAAAGACUGAUACCGAUGCAUUCCAUUUGUAUGGUUCCUAAUGUAUGAUGGCUUAUAUUUCUGAUCCUCAACCUGAUGAAAGUUAUUUUACAAUGUUUUAUAUUCUUGCUCUUCACCAUUGCUGUUCCAUAUAACUAGCCAGAUUUAUAUAAAGAACUCAUAUUUACUGUGCCAAA